AUUAUAUUACAAACUUCCGUGUAUAAACGUGUUUAUUCUCUUCCUGGGUUGGAAAAUGGAUAUGACGGAUAAGAUUUUGAAAAUAUUGCAACAUGCGAUGGUUUUGUUGUUGCCUAGUUUACAAGCAGAGGUAGUCAUUGAGUAUUACAGUCGGCCGGUUACAGGAGUUGCGAAUUAUACUCUGCAUAACUUGUAUGCUGACGGUAUUCGAAUUCAAGAUUCGUCUUCUGUUUCCUUUCAAUUAAAGUGUAAAGGGGAUGCUUAUAUAUCGCUUCAAAAGAAUCAAAGACAUUUUGAAAAGAAGGUGUUGGAAAUUGGUAUUGGUAUUUGGAAUAACACUGCAUCAACUAUUUCAGACAAACACCAUUCUGUAUUGGUUACAUACAUGGAAUCUGGUAUCACGUCUCAGUUAGAGUAUCGUUACUUUUGGAUCAGCUGGUCAGAUAAAAUCGUACGGGUUGGUAAAGGUGACAUUCCGUACACACAAGAAUUUAUGAAGUGGCAUAAUCUUACUCACAAAAUAAUGUAUAUAAGCAUUGGGACUGCUUAUUGGACAGAAGCAUGCUGGAAAUUCAAAUCUGAAACAGAUACAGCAUCGACAGCACCAACUUACAAUAAAGCCAAUGACAGUUCUCUCGUUGCAGUUUACAUAUCGAUUCCAUGUGUUAUUUUCAUUUGUAUGGUUACUGCAGUGAUAAUACUUAUUUUCUUAAGGAGGCGCAGAAAAAGGGCAAGACAGAACGAAUCAGUUGCUGUAUACAGCGGCAAUGAUUUGACACCCAACAGAGAUUCUCUUCCUGGAGUCACGAACGAGACAUACAGCUCCCAUUCUUUAAAAUUUGUAGAAAACUCAGAUCACUCAAACGGAACGGGAUAUGUCUCCAUAGUGCCUGACAGUCAUUACAUGGAUAUUUGUUUAAAUGAUGAACACUUACCUGAAGCUGCUAGUAAUGAAACUAAAGCAAUUAACAUAAAUUAUUAGAAAUGACAAGGCUGGAGAAGGUACGGCUAAAAUUGAAGAAGAUGAUACUUAUAACAAACUGAAUAAUUUACAGAACAAAACAGCAACAAGAAAAGACUGUUAUGAAGUAAAUGAAAACUCGGUUUACGACCACGCAAAAGCUGGUGGUCGAAACCCGAAAUCUCAUGAGACUGACGAAUAUUCUCACAUUAUUUAAAAUAAACAAAGCAAAAUGCUGUGUUAGGGUCAAAUAUGAGGCCAAUAUUUUUAACAUGUAAUCGAUGACAUCAUAAUAUGACUACAUAUUGGUAGAUUACCAUUAAAUGGAAUCAGAUAAAUUGGAAGUAAGCAGUUACAUUCGAUUUCAAUUACGAUUACAUGAGUGUGAAUCCUCUCGAUUCUUAAUAUGUACGUCCCAUAUAAACACAUAAAACUGUUACAUCUUUUAAUAACCAUUAUACACACUAACUUAGA